AUGACCAAGAUAUUGAAAGUUGUUGGAGCAUCCUGGCUCCAGACCAAGAUAAGCUCUUAUAUUCUUGGCAUUCUCGGCGUUCUGGCUAUUUUGGCUCUCUUUAUGGGACAAAUUGAAAGAAUUCAAGAAGAUGGAAAUUAUGCGGCGACUGUAUUUUUCUCAAAUAAAACUGGUUAUCGAAUUGAAUACUGGGGACAAAGCAACAAUCUGGCAGACAUUCCACGAGGUGUAGCUAGAGCGUAUUUUAGAAUGGAUAUGGAUACUACUGGCUGGUCGAUUCUAGAAAUAGAAACUGAUCCUUCAUACUCUGACGAAUAUCAAGCGUAUGCCGCGGGCAUAGUCGAAGGUGCUCUAACAUGGUCCUUGAUACACGAACAUCAAGAAAAUACCAUCAGCGCAAAGUGCCAGCCUGUAGAAAGGCAGUGUGAUGAGUUUCGGGAUGCUUUGUACAAGUCCGUUAACAAAUGGAAGGCUUUCGCUGACGAACAUGCUGCAUCGGAUCCUUUCUGGCACCAUGUGAAAUUAUACUACACACAAAUCAAUGGCAUGUGGACUGGAUGGAAGUAUGGAGUUGAACGCAGCUCGAAGCCUUACGAUACUGACAUCUCAAACUUGUACUGGCUAAAUUUUGUCAACGAAGCCGUCGAAUUCCAAAGAAAACUAAACAUCUCUUUAGGGGGGGAUUCUAUUGAAAAGCUUCCAAAUUUGGGUAGUGCCUUUUUGCGAGUAGUUGAUACUAUGGCUAAAGAUGGAACCCCAACCAAGAAAUUAUACUUAUCACACAAUGCUGCUGGAAAGUAUUCUUCUAUGACUCGUCUACUGAAGAGAUACAAACUGAACUAUCACAAGACAGCAAAAAGUUCUGAGUUGGUUUAUGGUACAUCUGUUGCCUUCUCUGGCUACCCAGGAUCCAUCACUAGUCAGGACGAAUUCUAUAUUAUAAACGGUGAAAAUCAUAGAAUGGCCGUAACAGGCACAGCUUUAAGGAAUUAUAAUUCAAAGCUUUGGAAAGACGUCAGCAUUAUGGAUCAAGUACCUGUAGGCCCCCGUAUCGUAGCAGCUAAUCGCCUAGCCACAAAUGUGACUGCCUGGGGACACAUACUGGCGAGCAGUAAUUCUGGCACCGCCAGCAAACAAUGGCUAGUGGUGGACUUCAACCGAUUUGAUCAUCUGCACACCCUCGUGCCACGGACUGAAAUUAAAAAACCACCACAUCAUGAGAUUCUUUUCAAGAGUACUGUAGACAAGGAUGUCAGACACACAGUGGUGUUCCGGCACAGUAAUGGUCAUUCCAAGGGUCUAGUCGCACUUAUCGAGCAGGUACCAGGCCUGACACACGCCGCUGAUUUAUCUGACGCAUUCCUCGAAAAAGGCUACUGGACAACAUUGGGAUUACCGUUUUUCAAAGACAUCAGUGAAGCUACAAAUAUCAACAAAAUGGAAAAACAAUAUGGAAAUAUCUUCUCAGAAUCCGAAUCACCUCGUGCAAUGAUAUUUAAGGAGAAAUUCAUGAACGCCACUUCACAUGACAGUAUUCUAGGCCUAAUGAGACAAAAUAACUUAACUGAAGCAACUGGGACGGAUACACCCUCGCAGGAAUGCUCUAAUGACAUAGACUGUAUCUUCCGAGAGCAAGGCUACUGGUCCGUUGUCGGCGUGAGAGGAGACAUCGUUAAUAUACAUAAAGAUGCCUACGGGGUGAUUGAUACAAAAGUCGUAAGUGGAGUUCUGAAUGAAACAACUUUGGAAUUUAUCGCUCUAUCUGGACCAACGUAUACAGAGAUACAGCCAAAUAUGACUAGAAUAGCCAUGAACAAAGCAAAUGUGGCUCCAAUUUAUACCCAACUACUUAAUAAUAAUAGUGACGUCAAUGCAUUGGAACUAAGAGAACUAAUAAUGCAACAACGAGAGAAAGCCGAAGAAGACAAGAUGGAGUUACUUAAUAAAAACUCCAUAAAGCCAUUCAAUUGGACAGAAAGUUUAUUCCAGAAUGUUCCGCAUGUAGGUUUACCGGACAAGUGGGCCUUCGAACCUUUCUCACCUAAUUGGUCGUGGUGA